AUGACUACAGUAGCGGCACCAUACAUAGUCUCGUCCUCUCACACUGACGAGCAUCUCCACCUUAACCCAUCAGAGACGCCCCAUCUCAACAAGUCCGUUCAAUUCUCAAGAGAACUAGAAGUUCAUGAGACUUGGUGCAGCGAUGAAUAUGAUCGUACUUCUAUGGAACCAGCAAAAUUGACCUAUAAGCACUUAUUAAGGAACGCAGAAAGCACAACUGGUAAGCUGGGAUCAAAAACACCAAAGUCACAAGCUAAAUACCCCAAUUUGACUGAGCGGACUACGAAUGCAAAGCGUACUCGCACCGCGAGAUCCUCACUACAGCAGGUGCAAGAUGAAUCUCUUGAACCACGGCAACAUACGCAAGUCGAACUCGAAACACUGCAACUGGUGCAAGACGAUUUCUUUGAGCCAUUGCAAAUUGAUCUGGAUCAACAUGACAAAGAGUAUAUCAACAAAGUUGUUCUGCUGGAUAAGCUCCGUGUACCAGAUG